AAUCCUACUGUCAGCUGAUUGUCAGUGGAGAAAAAUAUUUGUGGGGAAUUGAGUGUCUUUUUCUGCACGGAAACUCUCAUCAAAUUUCCCGUGAAGCAUCGUGCGGAAAAUGCACUUUACCACCACAGAGACGUAAUUUGGCGCCCCGUGGAAGCAUUGUGUGUGCAGAUUGUGCAGAAAAGUCCCCGUGGAGUGCGGUGGAAGAGCGUGAAAAAUUAGGACGCAGUCAAGCGAGAUUGAGGACAAUAACAAAACAGAUGUUUGGACACAUUUAGCAACUGGAAAAAUCCAUCCUGAAGCCAAGCGUGAGGAAAAUGCCUGGAAAUAGCGUGAGGAAGUAUCGGAGGGACACGAGCGAGGUGAGCUGCUGCCUCAAGUACGUCAUCUUCAGCUGCAACGUUUGCUUCUGGAUUCUGGGCCUGUGCAUCCUGGCGGUGGGCGUGUGGGCGUGGACGGAGAAGGACAUCUUCAACAAUGUGUCAAAGUUCGCCAACAUCGCCCUCGAUCCGGCCUUCAUUCUCAUCUGCAUCGGCGCGAUCACGUUCGUGAUCGGCUUCACGGGCUGCGUAGGCGCGCUGCGCGAGAACACGUGUCUGCUGGCGGCGUACGCCAUCUUUCUCACCAUUCUGCUGCUGAUGGAGAUGAGCGUGGGCAUCCUGGGCUUCAUCCUCAAGGACAAAGGCUGGAUCAAGGAGCAGGCCACGGAGGGCCUGCGCGCCUUCAUCACACACUAUCGCGAGGACCCGGACCAGCAGAAUCUGAUCGACUGGAUCCAGGAAGACUGGCUGCAGUGCUGCGGCAUCGAGGGCCCCAAGGACUGGGACAGCAACAACUACUUCAAUUGCUCUUCGCACGCCGUGGGCAGUCGCGAGGCUUGCGGCGUGCCCUUUUCGUGCUGCAAACGGCGACCGCACGAGCUCAUCAAGAACAAGCAGUGCGGCUACGACGUGAGGAAGGAGGGAUAUCCCGCUGAGAGGCACAUUUACGAGAGGGGAUGUCUGAGAGCUGGCGAGGACUGGCUGGAAGGGAAUCUGCUUCCGGUUGCUGGUGUCUGUGUUAGUGUAAUGAUAAUGCAGAAUUUCGAUGUGUCAAAGAUAAUCAAUGAGAAGGGCUGCGUCCAGGCCGGUGAGGAGUGGAUCGAGAGGAAUUUGAUAUUGAUAGCAUCGAGUGCCAUUUUCCUAGCCUUCUUCCAAAUUUUGGGAAUCUGCUUCGCACAGAAUCUCCGUGCCGAUAUAUUUGCACAGAAGGCGAAAUGGCAUUGACAAUUGUCCGCCCCUGUCGCUGUUUAAGAAGUCAAAUGGCAG